AAAAACAUUUAUAACGUGUGUCCAUACGGUCCGCAUAGUUUACAAAGCUACUGACAUUGCUUCCACAUGCUCAAAGCCAACCAACUACCGAGUGCUAUUAAAUUUAUUCUACACACCAAUUCUUUGCAUGAAGAAUACACAAUGUUAGCGACUCAUAAAGGAUAGUUGCUCAAAAGAGGCGGCUGUUGCUAAACAUUACUACGACUGCCCUCGUUAUGAACGUCACGGUCAGCGGAGAUGUGGCUUAGUUUGCUUGUCGCCGUACUAUAUGGUUUCGUGGCUGUGGCGGCCAAUUUCGUCAAUAAAUAUGCCGUACAAGUGCUUCCCCUGCCUUCCGCCAUCCUCCUCAUCCAGACGUGUACCACGGUGGUGGUGCUGCGCUCCCUGUCCGCGCUGCGACUGAUCCGCCCGCUACCGCCGCUCCGCUCGCUGCCACGUCAGCCGCUGCUGGCCCCGCUGGCCGCCUGCUACUGCCUGCAUGCCGUACUGGUGCUGUACAGCCUGGCCUUCCUGUCCGUACCCAUGUACAACACCCUCAAGCGGCUCACACCGGUCAUGGUGCUGGCAGCCAAGGCCUGUGUGGACCGCUCGCUGCCCGACGGCGCCACCAGCGGCUCCGUGCUGCUGAUCGUGGGGGGCUGCCUGGUGGCGGGGGCGGGGGACCUGGAUUUCGAUGGACAGGGUUACGUCCUAGCGCUCCUAUGCGCGCUCGCGCAGGCGGCUUACAUGCUCCUCACUGAGAAGGCCGGCGGCAGCAGCAGUAGCGCGCCUAACACCAGCAGCGGCGGCAGCGGCAAGCGGCAUCCCCAGCACCACUACCACGGCUCCGGAGCCGACCUGCCCGACAUAGAGAGCAAGGCUGUGAGCAGCUCGGCCACGGCUUAUGGCUCCGGCGGAGGCGGUUUCGGAGGCGGUUUGGUGCAGUGCAAACAUAAGGCCUCCUUUGGGUCAGGACCCGGCUCGCAUCGGGGUGUUGCGGUGGAGGUGCUCGCGCACGGCCGCGGUGACGCCUCCCAGACGCAGCUGGGGCUGCUUGAGUUAGGCAGCAGCGGUGGCGGCGGCGGCGGCAGCAAGGACAAGCUCGGGGAGAGACAUGGCGAGUCCGGCGGGGACCCCGUCUCGUCCUCCGCCAGCUACACCGGAGUGAUGACAUCAGGGGCAAUGCAGGCAAGCUGCAGCGACAUUGGCGGAGGCACCACCGGCAGUGGCGGUGGCGGAUCCCAGCUGCCCUCCCCCUCGCCCCCGACGGCUGCUCCACUAUCUGCAACCGAGUUGCUCUACGCGAUCUGCGUCACCUGCGUGCCGGCCAUGUUCGCUGUUUGCCUGGUGACAGGCGAGGGCGCCCGCGCGCCUGGCCUGCUGGCAGCGCUGCGGGUUCGCAUGGGGGCCGCGCCCUUCACGGGCUGGCUAGCCAUGACGGCGGUGACUGAGGGGCUGCUGACGGGCAGCAUCAUCCUGUGCACGCAGCUGAACAGCGCCCUCACCACCAGCAUCGUGGGGGUGCUCAAGGGUGCGGUCAGCAGCCUGCUGGGGUUCUUCCUGCUGGGAGGGGUGCGCUUCCAGCCGGUGAAUGUGGCGGGCAUCGUGAUGAACAUGGCGGGGGGAGUGUGGUACAGCGCGGUGCAGUAUGUACGACAAGGGAAGUCGGGCGGGUAGGCAGGUACACUAGUUGAGGAGGGAGAAGGCUCGAGGAUGUGAGUUGGGGGGCGCUGGGCAAGGGUAAGGCGCUAGGCAAGUAAGGCAGUGACAACCAGUGAACAGAACUGUGAUGUACAGGCUACCAGCUAAUGUGGCGUCAUCUCCUUACCUCCUGUACGGCUGCGAG